AUGUCCAAUUCCAAGAUAAAGAUCAAGAAAAACAAGAAAAAUGGGAAGAGCUUGAAACAAUUGCACAAGGCAUUGUCUGGUCUGCUUCAGAAGGACAACAAACCACAGAAGAAAGAUGUUUCAAUCGAUAAAAAGCAUAGCAAGAGGGAAAACUCAUGCGAACGCGGAAGUAAAGAUGAUCCAUAUAAGGAAGUGAAGAAGAAGAACGGGAGAGCGUAUAUCUAUUCCAAGGAGAAUCAGCUGAUACCAAAACUGACCGAUGAAGAAGUUAUGGAGAAGCACAAACUUGCAGAUCAGAGGAUGAAAACCGUAUGGUCGAAUAUCAUUGACAAGUAUUCCAAUGUAGUCGAUGAAGGCGAUGUCAUCGACCUCCAAUCAGGGGAAAUCAUCACAGAUAAUGGACACAUAAGGAAUCUCAAUACUGGGUUUACCUCCUCACGGGGCAAAGAAACAAGGUAUACAAGUGUGGUCAAAGACAUAUUACUCGAUGAAAACGUCCCCGCCCAUGACAGCUACGAUGAGUAUAGCAUAUGGGAAGAUAACAAUGCGGAAGAAGAAGAAGCUGUAUUUACUGAUCCAGAGGAACCUUUAACCUCAGAAUCAGAAUAA